AUACCUUUCAUUCUCCUUUUCUUUGCCAUCAAAUCCAUGUCUUCAGUCGCUACUUAAUAUAUAGUGAUAUCUUCUUCCAUUAGAAAGGUGGGAUAGGAAGUUGAAGCUUAGUGAAGGAGAAUUCAGUUAUCAACAUAAAUGGGCAACUUCUGUGCAACUCCGGUUGAUAACGAUCACAGCCAAUAUAGCUCUGCGAAACUUCGCAGACCAGAAUUGUUGAAUGGAGAGAUUGUUACCCCGAAGUUGAGGAAGUUCAAACUGGAGGAACUCAGGGAGGCGACCGGGAACUUUGAGCCGGCUGCGGUGUUGGGAGACGGUGGGUUUGGGACGGUGUUCAAGGGGUGGAUCGACGAGAACACCUUCGAGCCGUCCAAGGCUGGUGUCGGCAUGCCUGUUGCCAUCAAGAAAUCUAACCCGAAUAGUCCGCAAGGCCUGAAAGAAUGGCAGGCAGAAAUCAAUUUCUUAGGAAAAUUCUCCCAUCCAAACCUGGUCAAGUUGUUGGGGUAUUGCAGGGCCAGGGAGGAAAACCAAUUCUUCCUUGUAUAUGAGUUCAUGGAAAAAGGAAGCUUGGAAAGCCACCUCUUUAGAAGAGGUGUAGAACCCCUUCCAUGGGAGAUUCGGCUUAAAAUAGCCAUGGGAGCAGCCCAAGGACUGGCUUUCUUGCACACUUCGGAAAAAAGUGUGAUUUACAGAGACUUUAAGGCCUCUAACAUUUUGCUAGAUCAGAGCUAUAAUGCAAAACUUUCAGACUUUGGGUUGGCAAAAAUGGGCCCCAUUAAUGGCAAAUCCCAUGUUACAACUCAGUGCAUGGGCACUUACGGCUAUGCAGCUCCUGAGUACAUUUCCACAGGGCAUUUGUACAUCAAAAGCGAUGUAUAUGGGUUCGGUAUUGUUUUGCUGGAGCUGUUGACAGGGAUGAGGGCACUUGACACCAGUCGUCCAAGCGGCCAGCACAACUUGGUGCUUUGGGCUAAACCUUGUCUAUCUCAGAAGAAAAGACUAAAGAAAAUAAUGGAUCCCAGGCUUCAAAAUAAAGUCCCAGCGAGAGUUGGGACAAAAGUAGCUGAACUGAUUCUUAAAUGCAUUGAGAAUGAACCCAAAAAUCGCCCCUCUAUGGAGGAAGUUCUCGAAAGCUUGCAAACGAUCAGUGCCAUGAAGACAAAGCCAAGCGAGACCAGACCUAUUGCGUCACACCAAAAUCUUCAAGGCCGCCACUGCUCUCCUUGUCAGUCCAGGGACGGUGGUUCUGGCACCACUGCUAUAGCCAGGACACGCUGAUAACCUUGCGUGGCUAACCGGCAAUGAAAUUUUUAAGUUUUGCAUUAUUAUUAUUAUUUUACUUCUCUGGGGGGUGUAUAUGAAAUUUUUAAGUUCUGCACUGUUAUUAUUAUUAUUUUUUGUUUUCCUUCUCUGGGGGUGGAAACUCAUAGUUGGGAGAUCAGUUGUAUGAUAUGUGGGCAAGUCUCUGUAUCUUAAUUGAGGCUCAAAUCAAAUUUGUAUGUGGAA